AUGGCCAGAAUACUGCACCUCACCCCCGUUCUCUUGCUGAGUGUGGUCUGGCUUGGAGCUGCUUCUGUCGCGGGCAGCGAUGUGCUCGAGCUGUCGGACUCGGACUUCGAUUACACCGCGGCUGAGCACGAGACCAUGCUUGUGGAGUUCUUUGCCCCCUGGUGCGGUCACUGUCAAAAACUAGCUCCCGAAUAUGAAAGCGCUGCUACAAAACUGAAGGGGACCGUGCCCUUAGCCAAGGUGGACUGCACCGCGAACUCGGAGACGUGCGGGCGUUUCGGGGUUAAUGGGUACCCCACGCUUAAAAUCUUCCGGAACGGGGAAGAGGCCGCGUCCUACGACGGUCCUCGCUCUGCAGAUGGCAUUGUGAGCUACAUGAAGAAGCAGGCUGGGCCCAGCUCUGUCCCGCUGCGUAGUGAGGAAGACUUGGACUCCUUCAUCAACCACUUUGACGCCAGCGUGGUGGGGUUCUUCUCGGGAGACGGCAGCGAGCAGCUGGCGGAGUUCCAGAAGGCGGCCGGCGCCAUGCGGGACAGCUUCCGCUUCGCUCACGCCACGGACCUGGGGCUGGGCGCCAAACACGGCCUGGAGUCCGAGAGCGUGCUGUUGUUUCGCCCGCCGCGCCUCAGCAGCAAGUUUGAGGAGGGCGUGGUCAAGUUCAGCGAGGCCAUCUCUACAUCCGCUCUCCGCCGGUUCAUCAAGGAUAACAUCUUUGGGAUGUGCCCCCACCUGACCCCUGAAAACAGAGAUAGAAUGAAGGGACGGGACUUGCUGAUUGCCUACUAUGACGUGGACUACGUGCGCAACCCCAAGGGCUCCAACUACUGGAGGAACAGGGUGAUGAAGGUGGCGACGCAGUUCCAGUCGCAGGGCCUGAGCUACGCGGUGGCCGACCGGCGGGAGUUCCAGGAGGAGCUGGAGGAUGAGUUCGGCCUGGCGCUGUCGGACGGGGGGGAGCUCCCCGUCGUCACCGUCCGCACCCGGGAGGGGCACAAGUACACCAUGAGGGAGGAGUUCACGCGAGACGGUAAGGCUCUGGAGAGGUUUCUGGAGGACUACUUUGCCGGGCGGCUGAAGCGCUAUCUCAAGUCGGAGCCCGUUCCCGAGGGCAACAGCGGGCCAGUCAAGGUGGUGGUGGCAGAGACGUUUGAGGAGGUUGUGAACGACCCGGAGAAGGACGUCCUCAUCGAGUUCUACGCCCCCUGGUGUGGCCACUGCAAAAACCUGGAGCCCAAGUACACCGAGCUGGGGGAGCAGCUGUCCGGUGACCCCAACGUCAUCAUCGCCAAGAUGGACGCCACAGCCAACGAUGUUCCAACUGGCUACGACGUGCAGGGAUUCCCCACCAUCUACUUUGCCCCUGCUGGGAAGAAGGACACACCCAAGCGCUAUGAGGGUGCCCGUGAAGUAAAGGACUUCCUCAACUUCCUGAAGAAAGAGGCCACAAACAGCCUGGUCCUGAGUGGCGGCAGAGAGGACCUGUGAGGCGAAUGGGCAGGAGGAGGGAGGAGAGGACAGGUGGAUGAUGGGAAAUGUAGUCAAUGGUUCUGAGACUGAGGGGGGGUGGGGGUUUGGCAGCCCUAUUAUUACAGAGUCAGAGCCCCACCCCCCUUCCCCCCAC